UUCACAUUGCACCGCCGUUCAAAGCUUUUAUACCAUUACUACUACUACUACUAUCACUGCCAAUUUCGGUUUUUGCUGAUAACGUUUGCGCUUAUCACGCUUUUGACUGUUCCGAACACAUUCAACAGAGACACAUGUACAAUGCCGAUGAAAUUCUAUUCCGCUUACAAUGUCCGGUCGUCGAUUAACAGGAGCUUGAUCAAGGAGCACACGACAAAUGAUUCGAUGGACGUGGACAAACGCGAAACGGCGAACGACGGUGUCGGCAGAGGUGAAGGCAAAAUAAAUGGCGGCGGCAGCGGUUGGAAGGCUGGCGAUUCGGUCUGCUACAUAAUGUCGAGUACGUCGUUCCGAUACGUCAUCUGCGUGAUCAUCGUGUUGGUCUUGGUCCUGUACAAAACCGUUUAUAUGAAUUAUUUAUACUUGAAAAACGGUGUAAAAUCGUCCACGCCGAUUACAGACGUGAAUUCGUGGAACGCAAUCUACACGACGCAAGGCAACGGCGGGGAUAGGCCGCCGAUCGAAGUCGUCGAAAUCCUGCCCAACUGUGGACUGCAGACCAUUUGCUCGGACAACGCUUUUCCGGUGCACAUAUAUACCGGCAAGAACAUGACGGAUUUCCCGAAGCUGUGCAUUAUGGGCAAAUACGUUGUGUCGUUUAAUCGAACCGUCGGCGGUCGAGGCAUCAACAUAGCGCUCGUCGAACCGACAACUUACACCAUUGUGGUGGUGAAGAACUUUGACACAUACGAGUACAGCAGCUCCAACAUGGACGAAUGGUUGUCAACAACGAUGAAGGACGGAUAUGUGGCAAUCUUUUUCACGUUCGACGAGGCGUCUAAGAAGUUGACGAAAAGCACCAGAAAUGUGUUGUACGAAAUAGGGAGCGGUAAAAUUCAAGAUUUGACGUACAGAUGUCAGUGGUACAUGGUCACUCAAAAAGGUAUUCGAGGUAUAACACCGUACGAAAAAAUCACUUAUUCGCACAGAAACAUGUGGGCGGAACCGCUGGACGACAAGCUUUGUGUUCCGUUUCAAAUUACAGGAAAUGCAGUAGUAGUCGAUGACCUGACCAAUGACCGUGAAUCGUUGUUUCAGUUGUGCAACAUGACUUCGCGAUGGGCGACUACUGACGACCAGAGUAUUUACUGCAACGAAUCGAAUGACGGUGGACUUGCAAACGGCGUCUAUCCAAGUGUUUCCAAUUACGAUUACCCUACUGUUUGAUAAGCGACAUUGGUGGACGCAAGAUAAUAUGUAAUACCGUCAACGAUAGCAACAUCACUUUAGACAAUUGAUGUCUUCUCCUAACGGACUAUGUUUACUAAAAAUCCAACCCUCUAGUUGUGGCACAUAACCAAAUAAAAAAAAAACUAGCGUGAACUGUGUGGUUUAGGCUCAAGACACAAGAGGUCUGUGCGUUAUAGGACAAAAAUGGUAAAGAAUCAAUGAAAUACUUAAAUAAAGUACUCGCUGUAGAAUUAUCAUGAGUACUAUGGAUGGAACAAUACCCGGAUUUCUGAAGUAUCCGGAUAUACAAAUCCAAAUUUGACAUUUAGCCAAUUAUUAUCCGGACUUUCGUGUUAUAUUUUCUUUUUAAAUACAAAUUGCAUAUUAAGAAUACUGUUACAAAACGUGUAUCUUACGUGUAUUACUUGGUAAUUACGUUUAUUUUAAACAGUAAUUUUAGCUUCGACACAUAAGCUGAGGUGGUAUUGUUUUUAUUUUUUUAUGUUGACCCACGAUAUCUUGAAAAUCGCUUAACCGACAUAUUUAUGUGACAACUCUAUAAAUAAAAAAUCGUACCCGAAAGGUACUUUAUUGGACCAUAAAUGUAAAAAGUUCACAUACUCCCCUUUAAAAUCGAGGAUAGCGCAGAAACAAUUUACAUAUUUUUCAACUUAAAUAAGUUAAAACUUAAUUACAUUUUACAGUUAGCAAUAUAACCUAAUAAAACAUUUUAAUUUGCAAAAAAAUUACUAACGCCGACAUUGUAGAAAAUCAUUUUUUAAUUAAAAUCAAUAUGUAGUGAUUUUUGUAAUAUAUUGGAUGAUAUCAAAUUUCAAUUUCAUUUUUUUUUGUUGAA